AUGGGAUUGGGCGCCGUCAGCUCAGGGGGCGGCGAUUUGAACUGGUGUCGGAGAGGUGGCAUUCCGCCUCCCCGUCAAGGUGCGGUCAUUGCUGUGCGGCUGCGGUGCUGUUCGCGGGCGGCGAUGACGAGUGGUGAACGGAUGCCGACGGCGGUUGAUGGCGGUUGCAGGCCUCGCGUGUUCGGUGACUCGCGGAUGGAGAUCCUCGGCGAUGGCUGCGUGGAUCGCUGCUCCUCUGCUGGUAGCUUACUGCUCACGGUCGGAAAAUCGAUGUUUGAGCGAACCUCUUUGCCGGACAACACGGAAUUGUACGAAAGAACGAAAUUGACGGUCAGCUUUGAAGGGAUUGUGGAUGGGGUCGGCGGGCGAGGAGCCAUGUAG